GAUCUCAUUGUCAUAAAUAUUGUCAAAGGACUCGUUUCUCACAUAAGUCAUCUAAAGCAACUCUCACUAGAAUUUUAUUUACCUCUCUCUUUUUCUAGAUGUCUUGACUUUAAGUACACUCAGAAGCACGAACCAGCGUCUAUUAUUCUCUGUUUCCACAACGAGGCCUGGAGCGUACUUUUGCGAUCUGUGCACUCAAUUCUGGAUCGAUCUAAAAGCGAGCUCGUGAAGGAAAUCAUUCUUGUCGACGAUGCCUCCACAAUGGAUCACUUGAAGAAGCCUCUGGAAGUCUACAUGAAUUUUCUUCAGAAAGUGAAGAUUGUACGAGCAGAGGAGCGUCAAGGUUUGAUUCGAGCUCGAAUGCUGGGUGCCAAAGCUGCAACUGGAAAAGUUCUAGUAUUCCUUGACUCUCACAUUGAAUGCACUACCGGUAAGUAG